AUGGAGUACCACCUCAAGACUCAAAUAGAAAUGUGGGUGAUCAUCCAAACCGUCGACAACGCUGGAAAACUAGUAUCAUGCGAGAACUGGGACACAAGUCUGAUAAAGAAGAUCGAGGCCGACGCCAAAGCAAUAUAUACUCUACAAUGUGGACUAACCAAAGAAGAGCUGAACCGAGUCAGUCCAUUUUCAAGUGUCAAAGACCUAUGGGAAAAGCUAAUCAAGCUGCACGAGGGCACUUUCGACACUACAGAAGGUGAAUCGGCAAACCAACUUCACGCUGAGAUUCAAGACCUGCUCAACGGCCUCCAUGCAAUCGGUUAG